AUGAGUUACUUCCUGUCUUACUGCAAAGCUCAUGGCGGCGCGCUGCUCACCGGCUACCAGGCCUUGCGCGCCGAAGGCUUCCUUUGCGACGUGACGCUGGAGGUCGAGGGCAGCGAAUUCCCUGCGCACAGGUCGCUCUUGGCGUGCUCCAGUGACUACUUCAGGGCCCUGUUCAAAAGCCACACCCGGGAGUCGCGGGCGCGCGUUAUCCACCUACACGUGCCGUCGGCGGCCGGCCUGCAGCGCCUGCUGGAUUUCAUCUACACCGCCUGGCUGCCGCUCUCCAUGGACACCAUGGAGGACACGCUAGAGGCCGCCAGCUACCUGCAGGUCACGGAAGCCCUGGAGCUGUGCGGCCGCUACCUGGAGCGCCAGCUGGCCCCAGACAACUGCUGCUUCGCCGCCAAUGUGGCGGCGCGGUUCGGCCUGUCGCACACUUUGGGCAUUGCCGAACGCUGUAUUGUGCGUCACCUGCAGGAGCUGUUGGCGCGGGGCGCCGGCCCUGCGGGGCUGCUAGAACUAAACCCCACGUCGCUGAAGGCCGUGUUGGGCGCCCCCGAUGUGGCGAGGGUGCCCGAGGCUCAGCUGUUGGGCCUUGCGCUGGCCUGGCUUCGGCAGGAGCCUGCGGCUGAGCGCCUGGCGCACUGCACUUUGCUGCUGGAGUGCGUCCGAUUUGGCCUGGUGCCCGCCGCUGUGCUGAGGCGCAUGUACUCCGGCUCUGGCCUCGCGCUGCCAGCUCGAGUCAAGGGCCUCAUCAUCCAGGCUCUCAACUACCACACGGCUCCCUCGCGCCAGCCGCUUAUGCAGAGCGAACAGACCAGUGUCCGGAGUCCCCAAACCCGCAUCUUGUUGGUUGGGGGGCGCAGAGCACAGGAGGUGGUGAUGGUGGAGGUGGAGGUGGCGGUACCUCGAAGGGCAGUGAGGGGUGAGGGCGCUGUGGUGGAGCCUGAGGAGGUACAGGAAGAGGAGGAGGAGGAAGAGGAGGAAGAGUGGGAGCUGACCCAGGACGUGGUGGCCUUCGACGUGUACAACCACCGCUGGCGCAGCCUCACUCGGCUACCCACCCCGUUGCUGGGCCACAGCGUGUGUGUCGUGGGUAACUUCCUGUUUGUGCUAGGUGGCGAGAGUCCUGCGGGCAGCGCCUCCUGCCCACUGGCUGAUGCCCCGCGUGCAGUCACCGCCCAAGUGCACCGUUAUGACCCGCGCUUCCACGCCUGGACGCCAGUGCCCGCCAUGCACGAGGCACGGGCCCACUUCUGGUGCGGUGCGGUGGCUGAGGGACUGCUGGUCGUCGGGGGCCUGGGCGCGGCCGGCGAGGCGCUGGCCUCGGUGGAAAUGUACGACCUACGCCGGGACCGGUGGAUGGAGGCUGGGGCGCUGCCUCGGGCGCUGCAUGGACACGCGGGAGUUGUCGGGGACCGGGGCAUAGUGUACAUCUCCGGGGGCAAGGCAGGAAGCGGUGAGGGCGUCGCGAGUAGCCUCCGAGAUGUGUUUGCCCUGUACCCCGGGAAGCGGGCAUGGAACAAGAAGGCACCCAUGAGUACAGCCCGCUUUGGGCACCACAUGGCGGCCCUGCGUGGUGCUGUGUUCGCUUUUCUGGGGCGCUAUGAGCCCUUCUCCGAGAUCGAGCGGUACGAUCCUCGUGCGGACCAAUGGACACGGCUGCGCCCCCUGCCCUUUGACCGUUUCUGCUAUGGGCUGGCGGUGGUGGAAGAGACAGCGCUGCUGCUGGGUGGCCUCAAGUGGCGGGACUCGCGCCAGGUACCUACCCGCAACGUGGUGGGCUACGACUUGGAUCUGGACCGCUGGGAGGACAUUGACUGCGCGCUGCCUUGGGCCUGGAGCGGCCUGCAGUGCGCCGUGCUGCAGCUGCCCGAAGGUGGGGAUGACGAGAGGGAGAAAGAAGCUGGAGAGACACCAGAUUUAGUGAUGGGCCUAAUGGAUUAG